UUGCUCUUUACCGAGAAAUGAGAUGUUGAAGAGCUCUCAUGCGUGAUGUUUCUUUCCUCUCCAGCACUGGAUGACGGAGUUGGAGAUUUUUGCGAUGCUUUUCGCCGCUGCCGUCCACGACUACGAACACACCGGGACCACAAACAACUUCCACAUCCAGACCAGGUCGGACACAGCCAUCCUGUACAACGACCGCUCUGUUCUGGAGAGUCAUCACGUCAGCGCUGCGUAUCGACUGCUUCAGGACGACGACGAGAUGAACAUCCUGUACAACCUCUCCAAAGAUGACUGGAGAGAGCUCAGGGCGCUCGUGGUCGAGAUGGUUCUGGCCACUGACAUGUCCUGCCACUUCCAGCAGGUCAAAGCCAUGAAGAAUUUCCUCCAGCAGCCCGAGGGAAUUGAUAAACCCAAGGCUCUGUCUCUGCUCUUACACACGGCCGACAUCAGUCAUCCAGCCAAGAACUGGGAUCUGCACCAUCGCUGGACCACGUCACUGCUGGAGGAGUUUUUCCGACAGGGUGAUAAGGAGGCGGAGCUUGGUCUACCUUUCUCCCCUCUGUGUGACCGUAAGUCCACUAUGGUGGCCCAGUCCCAGAUCGGUUUCAUUGAUUUUAUCGUCGUUCCCACGUUUACGGUUCUGACGGACAUGACGGAGAAGAUCGUCACGCCGCUCAUUGAAGAGGCCACAAGUUCAGGCCUGGCUGGAUUUCGCAGUAUUACUGCUGGAGAUUCGAAGAGGAGCAGUGUCAACAGCUCUGGUUCUGAUUGCAGUGGAUCCCUAAACUGCUCGCUGCUCACUGUGGACCUGAAGAACUUCAAGACCAACUGGAGCGAGGAGGUUUCUCUGAACAGAGAGCGCUGGAAGGCGCAGGCCGAUAAAGAGAGGGAAGAGAAGGCCAGACGAGAGCUGGAGGAACAGCAGGAGGCAACAGCAGAAAACAAAGACCCAGAGCUGGCGGGACCAAAGAAAGACAGGGUGGGAGAAGACAACCCGGAGCCAGGGGGGACAGACGGACCCCCGGAAGAAAGUCCCCAUGACAAUUCACUAAAAGGGGAAGGGGAUCAUCGGAAAUUACAGAACGGAGAAGUGUCUGAAGAGGCAGAAUCACCAGCAGACGAACAUAAGAGAACACUCAGUGAACCUGCGAACGCCUAGAGUGAUUUCCAGUGGCGUCUUGCGGUCCGACAUCAGACACAGAAGCGGUGAACUUCCCCUCGGUUCUGAAGGUCCACGGCGCCCUCUAGAGGACACAGCUAAUGCUUACAUCACUUUGUGUUCGGCCUCCAUCCCUGCAAUUAUCUCCAGACUUUCAUAAGACUGAUCCCUCCGAACGAUGAAGAAUGUCACCGGCGAGGGACAACAGCUGCGUUUGUAUCUGAAGCAGAUCUCAUUUCCCACCCAAACCUUUAGAGAGCAACGAGUUCAUCCGCUAAGAAAAAAAGCAUGCAAGAGCUGAAACAACGCCAUUGAUACAGUAGGACACACGAAUUCUUGUUAAAACCACACACACAAAUGCUUAUUUGUAGUCGGAUGACUUGCCACGUGUCCAUGGUUUAUAUCGAAAUACCAUAUGAUAUAUAUAAUAUGCGGCCUGCGUUAAACUGUAAAUAACUAAUCUUAGCAUCAAUAUUCACCCAGAUCUGCUUUUGCGGCAACAUGACAUUGUGUCACGCUUUACUCAAAAUGGACUGACUUUUAUUUCAGCAAACGUGCUCUGAUGCAAUGUCCGCCUCCGACUCGCAUUUGUUGGCAUCAGCUAAUAGAGGUUGCGUAUAUGAAACCCUGAAUGUCCAUAUGUAUUAUUAUUGUAAAUGACUGUCUGCAUUUAGAUCAGAGCUUUUAUAACUGAGAAAAGCCGUACGAAGUGGCAGUAUUUCUUAUUGGAGUAGAAAACGCCUGAUUCAACCUAAGAUUUUUUCCUUCUCUCGCUUACCUUCAGAUGCCUUUCUUCAUGUAGUCUUUCUGAAAGCGAACCGAACGCAAACGUCUUCUACAGGAAACGCUCGCUCACGAACUAGCAGUCGAUGUAAGUCUCAUAGUGUGUACUAAGUCAUAACCAUAUCACUGUGCUCGCUCUGCAAUACCUACAGUAGAUAUUUGCCGUACGUCAUUUUUUUCACUGUCCUGAGGUUUUUGUGACCAGCGUUUCUCUGUCCUUUGAGCAGGUAAUCUCAAAAAAAGAAAGAAAAAAAAAAAAGCAGGGGAGAACAUGUCCUUAAAGGAGUAGUUCACUUUU